AUGCCCACGGACUCGUACUCGGCGAGUUGUUCCAAUGCCUUUUCAAUGAUCAGCUCGUGUGCUGCCGAGACUUCAGGAUUCACCUCGCUGGAUGAUGGCGGUCAAGCUAGUUGCCUGUGUUACUCGGGCGCAACUUAUGACCCGGGGCCGUUCGACCAGCUGCAGAUGUAUCAGGCCGCCGCGGGGCUCUGUACCCGGGUUGGGAAUGUGAGGAGCGCAACGGCAACAAUCAGCAUCACGGAGCCGCCAGCCCCAGCCCCAACCACAUCGAUUCCUGUGGCCACUCAUACGCUUCCUUCGGUUACCACCAGUGCUCCAUCGACCUCAAUCCCAGCUGCAAGCGGCGCUUCCUCUAGACAAAAUGUUCCGACCGGCUGGCUCUUGCUUCAAUUACUCUGGUUCUUCUGA